AUGCCACCGCCUAAACUUCCAUCAUAUAAGAUAUUUCCGCUCAAAGUUGUUGAAAAUGAGAAGCGAGACCACUUUGAUCUACUUUUAGUUACCGAAAAGGAUAAAUCACAUUAUAUUUACAUAUCUGAUUUUUCACGCCUUAUAAGCUCUCAGAAAACUAGACACAACGGACGUGUUAUAUUUUGUAAAAGAUGUUUUACGACAUUUGAUGACAGGCAUCAUAAAUUUAAAUUGAGCGGACAAGAGGCAUUAAACCAGCAUAAGAAGAUAUGUGGAGCUCACAAACCUAUACUCCCUGUUAUGCCGUCAGAGGGGGAUACCUUAGAGUUUGAGGGCUGGAGUAAGACGCAGCGACAUCCGAUCGUUAUUUAUGCUGAUUUUGAGGCUCUACUAGUAAAAUGUGAUGAGAGAAAAGGCGAUAGUACAACUGCUUUUCAAAAACACGAGCCUAUGAGUUAUGGGAUAUAUGUAAAGGCAGCAGAAAAUAUACCAAUCGAGUUACUAGAUAAAUUUAAUAUACCAUCAUCUGUAAUUAUUCACCGAGGAUCUGAGACGCGAGCUGAAGUUGCUAAAAAUUUUAUAGAGACUGUUGUCGAAAUAUCUAGAAAAAUAGAGAAUCUUUUGAAGACAAACAUAGAAAUAAUUAUAAGUAAUGAAGAGCAGGAAAAGCACGAUAAGACUACAACUUGUAAUUUAUGUAAGAAAGAUUUUACGUUUUUGAACGAUAAAGUAAGAGACCACUGCCAUCUGUCUGGUCAAUUCUGUCAGACGAUUUAUAAUAUGUGCAAUUUAUCAUUGAAGAUGCCGAAUUUUGUACCUUGUUUCUUGCACAAUCUGAGUAACUACGAUGCACACUUCAUUGCCGCCGAGUUGGGAUACGAUGAGAAAAGUAUAACGGUGAUACCCAAUAGCGAAGAGAAAUUUAUUUCUUUUUCAAAAUAUAUUUCAAGUAAAUUUACAUUAAGAUUUAUUGAUACAUGUCGGUUCAUGGCUUCAAAACUAUCAACUAUAGCCAAAAAUUUGAUAACACCGGACUUAGAAAAAUUCAGAGAAACCUCAAAACAUUUUUUUAAUGAAGACUUGUCACUUGUCACCCGUAAAGGAGUGUAUCCAUAUGAGUUUACUGAUGAUUGGUCUAAGCUCGAAGAGACAACUUUACCGCCAAAAGAAGACUUUUAUAGCACACUAACAGAAGAACACAUUACAGAAGGAGAAUACGAACAUGCGACAGAGGUUUGGAAAAAUUUUAACUGUCGAACGCUUGGAGAGUACAGUGAUCUAUACCUCAAAAUCGAUGUUCUUCUGCUAGCCGAUGUAUUUGAAAAUUUCCGUGACAUAUGUCUGAAAACAUAUAACCUAGAUGCUGCCUUUUAUUACACCGCACCUGGAUUAAGCUUCGAUGCAUGCCUAAAAUAUACCUCGAUAAAGCUAGAUCUUUUACACGAUUACGAUAUGCUGUUGAUGUGUGAAAAAGGUAUAAGAGGAGGACUUACACAGGCCAGCCUACGUUAUGGCAAAGCCAAUAAUUAUAAGACAUCCAACUAUGACUCGAGUAAGCCGGAUUCGUGGCUAAUUUACCAAGACUGCGAGUCUAGCUUACUAUCUUUUAAUAUAUCUUUCCAAACAUUUUAUUAUUAUUAUUAUUAUAGGUAA